AUUUAAAAAGAAUGUUGCUAUCAAUUUAUAGAAAUCACCCCAAAAAGACUUUGUUGUUCUUGAUUUUUCUUUUGGGUGGAGUUACGUACAAAUUUAGAGCACAUUUGUUUAAUGCUUUCUUAUAAAAAAUGUAAAGCAAACUCACAAAGGAGAUGGAAUUAUAAAUGGAAAAAGGGCAGCGAAUUAAUUCAAAAUUGGAUAAAAUCCAAUAGAUUGCUGAGGAAUACUAUGAGAAUAAGGGAUUCUUGAAUACCAUCUCUGAAAUCUUAAAAUUAGAAGAAAUCACUUUGAUUGCUAAUCAAUUACAAUCGAAUAAAGCGCUGACUCAAUAAUAGAAGGUUGAAAUGUAUUAAGUCAUGGCAGAGUAAUUCUUAGCUUUCGAAGUGUAAACUGUUCUCUUCUUAAGAAAAUUCGAAUGCCUCCUUCUAUUAUCUAAAAUUCUGAUGUUGACAAUCAAAAUUGAGGACGAGGAAAUGUUUAUUCACAAUCUACUUGAGCAAAUUUAAUUACUCAUUUUCAAAGAAUAAUAACUUCACGUAUCUGCCAUCAUCAUAGAAUAAUACAAGAUAAAACCUCAAACAUACAAAUAUAAUGAACAAAACAAUGCAUAAGAAUUAGUCAAAUCCUUGGUGUAAACAUGUUAAAGAGAAUUUAUGGAUGAUAAAUUUCAAAAGAGAUUAGAAAAUUAAUGCAGGGAAGAGUAUAAGAAUAAAAUGAACUAAUUUCAAUCUUAUUAUUAGGGUCAAAAUCUGAAGAAAUUACAGGAGUAAUCAAAAUACUUGGUAGAACACCUUUUAAAAAUUAACAAGUCCUUGGGAUUGAUGGCAUUUUCUGAUUAUGCCACAUCUUACACCUUCUAGAAGUUGAACAAUAGACUGUUGUUAAUUCCUGAAAUCAAUGACAUUAAUAACUAAAUUCUUAUGAAGUAAUUGGCAAAACAUCAUAAAGUGAUCAAAGAAGAAUUCUAUGGCAAGGAGAGUAUUCAAAGCAAUAAUAAUUAUUAUUAGAAAAUAUUAAAGUAAGGUUUAAAGAUUAAGGAAGAGCAAUCAUCUAGCAACUAAGUAGAUAACAAUAUGGUAUUAAUACAGAAAGUGUUACAUGAGUUUAAGAUUUUUGAAAUUCUUAAAUAGUCUUAAAAUUAAAUGAUCAAGAAACUAGUAUUUGGAAAUGAGUUAGAUGAAUAAGCAAGUUCAUAAAAAUAAUCUUUGGGUCAAUUGAUGUAAGGACUUUGA